UAGAACUGUUUGGCCAUAAUGACCAUCGUUAAUUGUACUUCAACUGUACUUACUCAUACUCUGGGUUAAGGUUAUAGCCAUUUUAGUCAUAGGCCACCUGUCCCUGAUCAUCGAUGUAAUACCCUGACUGGUAGAAGUCUUGUUCACAUUUCUGAAAGUCCCCCAUUGCUGUGGAGUAGGUGGAAAAGAUGAAGAUAAAGAUCAUUACUGUAACAGUAGAGUGAAGUAAGGGGCCCUUUUGAGGAGGGCUGCUCAGUUCCCACAUGUUAUAUCACGAAACGAGUUGCCAACCAAAUCACAAUUUUAUAAGCUACAAAUUAAAAUACAAAUAGAUGACCUAUUGCGCUUCAUUCUUUGGUCAAUAUAAUACUGACACUACAGCAGAAAAUACAUGCCAGAUAUUCAAACAGCAGGUUUCACUCAAACUGCUAAGGCCAGAUCAUAAUUAGUUACUGGGAUUGCCUUAUUGUUGAGUUCAGAUUUCAAACCUUGAGGUAAAUUCUGAGCAAGACCUCCUGUUAUGUUGUCAGGGGAGAGAUUUGAAAGAACAUUUGAAGGCUGUGUGGGGAUGUACAAAUGUAUAAAUAGUUUCCUCUAUUUGAGCUGGGGGCAUGAUAACCCCAGAGAAGUAGACUAAGUAGCCCACUUUCUAUCUAAUCUAUUUCUUAAUUUCCUAUUCUUUUUUUUCUCUUUUUUCAAGGUUUAGUAAUAUGUCUUAUGGAAAUUAAGCCAGUUGCAGAAAUGCAAUGGUUUUGGAUACUGGGUGCUACUGAACAGAAUGAACAAUUUCCACUGUUUACAUGGCUCUUAUUUUGAAGGAUUUUCGAACAGCUUAAAUCAGAUGUUGCUGGCUCAACAUGGGUUAAGCCAGUCAUAUGAUUUCCCUGUGGGCAAAGCUGCUUACUUAAAAUAAAAAAUAUAUAAUAAUUUAAAAAAGGGGUAAUAGUGGAUUAGCAUUCAUACAUUUACAAGGUAGUAAUACAUUUACAUUUUGUUCUACAUAUGAAAAACCACCAAGUCCAGCUAACUAGCUAGCUACCUUGCUAAACCUAGUAUCAGCUGGAGAUAAAUUAGCUGUCAACGAAAUAGCAAGGAAAGCUAGGAAGAGCACAAAAAAGACCUGCUGAUAUUCUCAACAUUUACAGACAUUCUUACCAUAAUUCAGUUCUCUUCUAGCAAUUGACGGUGGAAUAAAAUACGUAAUAUUUCCACCAUGGUUGAUGUAAGUAUAAAUUAUUUGAACACAAUCAUUGAUUACAUUAAUCUCUAGCUAGCUGAAGUCAUAGCCAGUUGCUACACCAGUGUAGUAGCUACCAGGGGCACAACUUUCACUGGGGGCACAACUUCCCCCCCCACAUUCUGAAGUUGCAUUUAAAAAAGUGGCAACAGUGGGGUAAAAAAGGGGUAAACCCCCCCCCCCAGUUUUAUCAUUGGAAUGUGAUACAAAAUGAGGCAACGGUGUGCUUUAGGACAGCUCCGAGUGGUAGGGUAGGCUUUUUGGAGUGUUUAUGUGACAAAUAAAAAUAAUAACUAUGCCUCCCCCCACUUCUAAAACCAUAGUUGCACCCCUGGUAGCUACCUAUCUUGUCUCUAUCUUGACACAUUUUGUUGCAGGACUUGAAGAGAUACUUGUACAAACUGUUACCAAGGUAUGUUUGUUUGUUAUAUGAUUGUGUUCAUUGUGAUUCUUCUGUUGCUGAAACCUAAUAUUGAACUUGGGAAUCCCUAAUGUGAAAAGUGAAUUUCAGUAGUUUGAAUUAUGACAAAGGAGUUAUGUCAUGUGCUGCUCUUCUUCUCCUUAUCCACCAGUUUUGAGGGUCUUCAUGCAAUCAUAGUGACAGAUAGGGAUGGUGUCCCAGUUAUUAAAGGUAGGUCUCCCUCACAACUGUGUUUUGUUCUUAAAGCUAGGUCAUUUAGUUGACCUUUUCUUGUCCUUGUCCAAUGUGUUGUGCUCAGUGUACCUGCUGCAUUCUCCUUCAGUGGCGAAAGAUAAUGCACCAGAAUAUGCUCUACGGCCAGGCUUCCUCUCCACCUUUGCAUUGGCCACCGACCAGGGCAGUAAGCUAAGGCUCUCUAAAAACAAGAGUAUCAUCUGCUACUAUAACACAUGCCAGAUUGGGCAGUUUAACCGGUUACCAUUGGUGAUCAAUUUCAUCGCAAGCAGUAGUGCCAACACAGGUUUGAUUAUCCGUCUGGAAAAGGAGCUCGUACCACUAAUCGAAGAGCUACGGCAGGUAGUGGAGGUUGCUUAGGAGUGUAUCACCUUGACAGCAAUGGGACUAUUCUGUGACAGAGUCAGUCAUGAAAAAGGAUCUACCUGAAAAUAUUA